GUUAGUUAUAAUGUGAUGUACAGCAGCGAUCCCAUGAUCCGGUGAUUACGUUUCUCUUAGUCGAUCUCCUCAUACAUGACAUACUCUCCCCGAUCCGCUCAGGUGUUAGAGAAGGGAAACACAGAUUUCUUUCCAUCAUCAAGAUCCCUUUGCCUUUGCCGGCCCGAUUUGAUCCCCUCCCCGCGUGUAUGUGUGUUUUGGAGACGCAGAUUUAGUCCUUAGGGUAUCAAGUCGACCGGUUCCCCCGAGGCGAUGGCAGACAUGGAUCGAUCGGCCGAGGAUUUAUGCCCAGUGAUCAAAGAACUUAAGGAGAAACAUCAAAGAGAUCUACAGAAAUUGACAUUGACAACUCAACCUUUCAAGAUAUUGCAGCUCUUCUUUUUUGCCAUAUUGCAAUACCUUAAGCAGACACUUCUAUAUGUUUUAAAGAAAGGUGGUUGGCUUAUGGGUUUGACUAUCUUGUUAGCAGCUUUUGGUCUCUUUCUUGUGAAUGGUGAUGGCACCAACGAGAAGCAUGUUCAGGAGUUCAUUCGCUAUACAAGAUUUGGUUUGUGGUGGGUGGCACUUGGUGUGGCAUCAUCAAUUGGGCUGGGGUCUGGAUUGCACACCUUUGUGUUGUAUCUGGGUCCCCAUAUUGCAUUUUUUACAAUCAAGGCCAUGAAGUGUGGUCGAGUUGAUCUUAAAAGUGCUCCAUAUGAUACAAUACAGUUGAAAAGGCGACCUUCAUGGCUUGAAAAGAACUGUUCUGAGUUCGGUCCACCAUUAUAUCAAUCAUUACCAGGUUCCCUAGUUAAGGUUCCAAUCAGCAGUAUACUCCCUCAGGUUCAGCUAGAGGCCAUUCUUUGGGGUUUGGGUACUGCCCUUGGAGAGCUUCCUCCUUAUUUCAUCUCAAGAGCAGGCAAUGCAGCACGCUUGUCUGGAAGCAAUUUGGAAAUGGAGGAGAUUAGUCCAGCUUCAUCAACAGAUGGUUUUGUAUCUUCUUCUUUGAAGCAAAUUAAGAUCUGGCUACUCACUCACUCUCAGCAUCUUAACUUCCUGACAAUAUUAGUACUUGCUUCAGUGCCUAACCCACUUUUUGAUCUCGCUGGUAUCAUGUGUGGGCAAUUUGGAAUCUCAUUUUGGAAAUUCUUUGUGGCAACCUUGAUUGGAAAGGCAUUGAUAAAGACUCACAUUCAGACAGUUUUUAUUGUUUCUUUGUGCAAUAAUCAACUCUUGGAAUGGUUGGAGAAUGAGUUAAUAUGGGUGCUUGGCCUCAUCCCUGGUUUCUCGUCAGUGCUGCCCAGCUUAAUUGACAAAUUGCACAUGGUUCAGAAUAAGUAUUUAUCAACUCCAGUUCCAGAACCCACUCUCUCGGAUGGAAUGGCAAAGCAGUGGAACCUGUCCUUUACCACAAUAUGGAAUACUUUCAUAUGGCUUAUGCUCAUGAACUUCUUCGUGAAAAUAGUGACUGCCACGGCAAAAAGAUAUCUCGAGGAGCAGCAAGAAUUGGAAUUGACCAACAAGAAAUUGGCAUUAAAAUCCACAUGAACCAAGCAUGGGAUUGUUUCUUACUAAUCUUUUCACAGUUGAGUAGCAUCAAGUAGAUUCAGCAGCUGCUUGUGCUACAUACUCUGUGAAUCUCACUGUUCCACAAGAAUACCACAAGUUGUACAGGGUUGGAAUCUGAUGGCAAAUUCUAUUUAUUGUCUUGCCUGAAGGGGAAUGCAUGUUGUGCAUUCAAUUGUGCUCUUAAUUGCUUGAACAUGAGAAUCUGCAAAUUCUCAUGGUCACUGACUAUUUGUUGUUCCAAACAGAUGGAAAAAAAAUAGUACCAUUAGCAAAUGACAAUCUUAAUGAUUCCUUA